GGGAGACAAUACAUAACUGUCACGUCAGGCGAUCACACCAGUGACCAUGUCUGUCCACGAUUCAUUAACUCUACAUAUUACUGCAGACAAGUUUUAUGUAGAACCAAAAGAUUCAAAAGAGAGUGAGAUACUAGUAAUUGACAGAGUUUCACAGGAAAUAAGUCUACAAGGAAAUGCUGAGAUACCUCCUGCUGUGACAAAGUCAAUAUGGGGAAUCUUUGGUAUCAUACGAUUAACAGCAGGACCCUAUCUUAUUGUGAUUACCAAGAAAGAGAAAGUUGGAGAGAUAUGUGGACAUGCAGUAUGGAAAGUUACAGAUACAGAAAUGCUUUCAUAUAAAAGAACUACUUUACAUCUUACAGAGAAACAGACCACAGACAAUAAGACAUAUGUCAACUUGGUAGAGCAUUGUUUAAAGACAGAAAGUUAUUAUUUCUCAACUACCUAUGAUCUCACACACAGUCUUCAAAGAUUGAGUAACACAAGUUCUGACUUUGUUAGUAUGCCGCUUCACGAGAGAGCAGAUUCUAGGUUUACAUGGAAUGGUCAUAUUCUCAAAGAAUUGACACAGCAACCAGAACUACACAGAUUCUGUUUACCUGUUUUACAUGGAUUUAUAUGUAUAACACCAUCGCUAAUAAACAACAAAUCAUUUGACCAUAUUUUGAUAUCCCGGAGAUGUGUUUUAAGAGUUGGUACUAGAUUCUGGGUUAGAGGAAUUGACACAGAAGGUCAAGUUGCCAAUUUUGUAGAAACAGAACAGAUACUGGAGUAUGAAAAAGUCAGAUGUUCAUAUGUGCAGACAAGAGGAUCAAUACCUAUAUUCUGGUCACAACGACCUAAUUUGAAGUACAAGCCAAAAAUAAAAAUCAAUGCUGCUAAUUAUCCAGAAGUAUUUCAAAGACAUUUUGACAACCAGGUAUAUAAUUAUGGAGAACAAGUGAUAGUUAAUUUGGUAAACCAGGCAGGAUCAGAGGGACUUUUAGAAAAAUCUUUUUCUCAAUUUAUAACAAAUUCUCAAAAUAAGAAAAUGAGAUAUGAAUAUUUUGAUUUUCACCAUGAAUGUGGAAACACAGGAUUACGUUGGGAUAGAUUAUCUAUAUUAAUGGAAAGAUUAGAGGAUGACAUUAGAAGACAAAAUUAUUUUAUGAUGCAAAAAGAUGGUACAGUGUUGUCACAACAAGUGGGGAUCUUUAGGACCAAUUGUAUUGAUUGUUUAGAUAGGACCAAUGUUGUUCAGAGUUUGAUUGCCAAAGUUGUUUUACAAAAUCAGUUAACAAAAUUAGGUAUACUGGAUCAAGGACAACAAAUUAAAGACUGUAAAACAUUUAACUACACCUACAACAAUGAUUGGGCAGAUAAUGCAGAUGUCAUGUCAAAACAAUAUGCAGGGACAGGUGCUCUGAAGACAGAUAUUACAAGACAAGGAAAAAGAACAAAAUAUGGGUUGUUAAUGGAUGGUUGGAAUUCGUUGAUAAGAUACUUCAAAAACAACUUCAGCGAUGGCUUUAGACAGGACUCCAUGGAUUUGUUUCUUGGAAAUUAUAUAGUAGAAGAGAAUGAAGGUGUUGUGAGACCAUCACCUUUACAGUCAGAGAGAGAUUGGAAAUUCUAUGCUAUUCCUGUUAUAUUUGUAAUAGCCACAGCCAUGUGUUUAAUUUGCAUACUAAUACCAGAUGAGAAUAUCAGCACCCAGUUGAUGUACAUUUUGUUUUGGGGAACAGCUAGUUUCUUGUCUUUGGCAGCCAUUUAUAUAUUUGGCUCUGAAUUUGUUGACACUCCAAAAUUAGUACACUCAAAAGACCUAUCUACUUCAAAUUUUUACGACGCCGUGAAAACAACCAAGACAUCAUGAUAAAGAUCGAAUCUUAGAAAAACUGAAUAUUUUGAUGGUGCAAUGUCGUAAAUUAUGUCAUUAGACUGUAGUUGUGUUUAUUUCUUUUUUGAGUUUUUCUGAAAUCUGUUAAAAUAUCUACCAAACAGAAAAGAAAAUUCACAAAAUACUGUAUGUCAGGAUUUUUUUUUGUGUGUCUAAUUUUUUGCCAUCUUCACAGUAGACAUUGUACUGUGAACUUUAUCCUACAACAACAUUUCACAAUGAAAAUAGAGGAUACUGAUUUAUAUAAGGAAACUUUUCAUUAUUCCGUAAUCAAGGUAUGGAAUAAUUUACCAUUCACAAUAUAAACAACUGGUUUGUUACAAACAUUUUCUUAGAAAUAUUAUGCAAGACGUUAUAAAAUCUAAUACUGUGGAUUCAUUAUUAUUCGUUGGAUACCAAUUUUCGUUGAUUUCAUGGGU